UUUCACCUCCUGAGCAAUAACACAUAAUAUUCCCACAUUCUCCCCUGUCUGGUUAAGAAAGAACCAAUGGAGAGUGAAAGGGACUAAACAUUAAAAGAAAACAAGAAGAAAUUCCGCUGGAAAGAUAAUGGGUUCCAGGCACACAUUAAAAGAUUGCAGCUUCAAAGUGAAUUCAGAAUUUCAGGCUGCUGGACUGCAUAAACUUAAGGUAUGCAUUUAGAUUCUUCCUUUACAUGUAUACUCAAAUAAAUGUGAUGACAAAUGCUUUUUUUAUUUUUUAAAAUAUCCUUGUGUUUUGUCAAUUUUCCCUUUUGCUUAACUUGACCUAUUUUGUCUAAUUCAAUAUAGUACAGCUUUGAUGCCCUAGGUAGUGUUACAUCUGCACAGCUCAUUACUAUAAACUCACAUGUACGCUCACACAGUGUUGUAGCCAAAGUCAGUGGUACUCAGAGUGGGCCCACUGAAAGAAACAAGAAUUUCAAUGAACCUACUCUGAAUAGAACUUAGUUGGAUACAACCCACCCACACAAUAUUGUGUGUUGUGAACUUGGGUAAUUAACCUGAGUCAUGGAAGGUGCUUUCCAUGUGAAAAUACCACUGUAUCAGAAUCUAGAUUUGUCUGACAAAGCCUGAUAAUCUUCUGGGAAGAGAUGCAAGACUUUUCUUGUUUAGAUGAAAGCCAAGGAUGCAGAAAAGUGACUUAAGUAUAUUAUGCAAAAAAGGACCAACAAUGUAAUCCUCCUCACAUUUACUCAGAAGUAAAUCCCAUUGAGUUCUCUUGGAUAAGUGUGUAUAGGGCUACAGCUUAAACUGUGUGCAUUUUUAGCUAAUAUACACAUUUCUACAAAGCAUAUUUCCCCGUAACAAUGCCUUUUUGUAUUGUGUUUGUGUGUUUGUGUGUGUGUGUGUGUGUGUGUUUUAGUUCAAUCCAUUCUGCAAAUGCCCAGAGUUGGUAACGGUUUCUGGAGGAAACAGCAUGAACAUCCACAUCAACAGCAACUAUGUCAUAGUUCUAUUUGUUUUCUAUACACACCAUGUUUCAUUCCUUCUGAGUCUGAACCUCAGAGAAUAGCAUCAGUCAGGAAUCUAAAAGAAAUAAAUUAUGUAAUGAAUAAAAUGUUAUCCAGCUCUUUCAAAUUCCAAAGUCUGCAUUUGCUCCACAGGUGGUAGUGGUUGUUGUUGUUUUGAAACUACAGAUGUGUUCCCAAAGAUCCCCACAGGGCUUUUAAAGCUGUAAAACUUUAAGCCCUUUGGAGGAAUUGGAAUUAAAACUAAUUUUUGUAAAAAGCAAAAACAAAACAGAAACCUGUUGUAUAUGACAUUUCUUACUGGGUUUAUUUUAAAUGGCUAUGACAGAAUUUAAACUCCGUGUUUCCUAUUCAGCUUAAAGAGUAGUGUUCUCAUUUUCAAACUGGGGCUUUUGUGGGAGCAGGAAACUAUUUACCAUGAGUUGUGUAAAUAAAAUGUGCUCAUUUGGAUUGCAAUAUAAAAUGAAUUGAGCAAAAAGUGACUCAUAUUCAUUACAUGAACGGACUGGUUAACAUCACUGUUCAUUUUGGGGGGGUCCACCAAGUGCAUGGUGAGAACAAACACAAAUGCACUUAGGUCAAUGCUACACCUGCCAUGGGAUGUCUAAUGUUUCUCAGAAAGCUGGUUGCAAAUUCACCAGUGAUCCGAGUGAGCGGUGAUCGUAUUCAUUCUCACAGGACCCCUGGAAAAGACCACCUGAAACGAUCAAGAUAACAGGAAGGGUAUAGUGCAAUCACAUACAUAUUUCUGAUUGCACUAUUGUGAUUACAGUGGUACCUCAGGUUACAUAUGCUUCAGGUUACAGACUCCGCUAACCCAGAAAUAUUACCUCGGGUUAAGAACUUUGCUUCAGGAUGAGAACAGAAAUCGUGCCGUGGCCUCCCGCUACUGCCGUGCCACCGGAGCACGAUUAUAAUAUUAAGGCUGAACUCCUAUGCAGACUUAUUUGAGUCACAUAAAAUAUGAUGGCACUUACAGACAUCAGGGAAAUUUUUAAUAUGUGACAUUUUAAUGUAUUUUUAAUCUUUGUUGGAAGCCGCCCAGAGUGGCUGGGGAAGCCCAGCCAGAUGGGCGGGGUACAAAUUAUUAUUAUUAUUAUUAUUUUAUUUAUUUACUGCUGGGUGGACAUGCUUUAAGUUUAGCUUGAACUAGUCACUGUGAAGUUGAAGAUGCAUAACUAUAGUCUCAGAUGACAUACCUUUACAGCCAUGGAAACCAAGUGUGAUAUGUCAAUAGUAAGAAACAGACACUAAAGUUGCAAUAAUAAACUCACUUACCCAGGAAUAAAUCCCACUGAAGUCAAUGGGGCUUACUUCUAAGUAGACAUGCAGAAUAUUGUGCUAUGAACCCUUGCAACAGUACUCUAAUGUUACAAUUCUGCAUUUGUUUAUUCAGAGGUACUGUAAGUGCCAUCAUGUUUGAUGCGACUCAAAUAAGUCUGCAUAGGAGUUCAGUCUUAAUAUUAUAUUUCAUUCUUUCCCAGUUGGCUUAGUAGGUCCAAGUCUAUAUUUACAAAAUUCCUUCAAGGAAUUAAUGAUCAAAUGUUCUUUGAAAAUGCCAGGGUUCUCCUGGAGUCCUUUAGGCAAGAUUAUUAUCUAGAUAUAUGUAGUUAUUAGUCUAGCAAUUAGCCACUGUCAGACAAAAGAAGCUUUGUAUAUAAUUUGAAUUUUUCCAGCUCUCACCUACAAUCACGGUUUUUUGUGCUAGCAUUCUUUGAUAUCUAAUAAGGCCAUCCCUGUCAAGGAUCUAGUUUCAUUCUUGUACGAGCAUGAGCUUUUAUUUGUCACUCCAGCAAGGGCUGGGCUGCCUCAGGUUAUAUUACCUGCUUGUGUCUGCAGAAGGCAGGCUUACCAAACUGGAAAAUCCAGCCUUUCUUUGCACAACCCUCGAACGAGACUUUGCAUUUCCCGAACGCUGAUAAAACUGGGACUUCUCAACUUUUACGUGUUGAUUUUUCCAAGCGCUCACUUGAAAUCUAUUUUUUGUUUUUGUUUUGAAGCAUUCCAGUCUAUCGUCCUGUUUCAGGGGCACAGGAUAUGGGACACGGGAACAAUAGAAACUUUUUGGCUCUGGCGUGUUAUCAUCAGAAACAUACCCAGGGCUGAAAAUGCAGAGGAAGUUAGUUUUUCUUGCUCACAUGUCCUGUGUGGAAAAGUUCUUCACGGGGAAUAAGAAGCAAUGAAUGGCCAUGAGACCAUUGAUUUACCAGCAUUAAGCAAUGAAGAACGGGAGCAUGAGCCUCUUAAUCCUGAAGCCCAUAAUGAGGUAAGCCACUGAAUUAUUCACUUUCUGUUUGGUAAAAGUGAGUUACUACAAUUAAUCUGCAUUGUUUCAGAAUAAUAAAGAAUUCUCUUGGGACAAGCUUUGACUUUAACAGUUUUGUGUUUGUGUGUGUGUGUGUGUGUGUGUGUUUCACACAGAGAAACUGGAAAAUUCAGUGUGAAACACCCCCAUUUAACAGAUACAACACCUGUUUCUCACUAAGAUUACCAACAUAUCCGUUUCAGGGGCGCAACGAUGCAUGAAUCAGCCAGUUUCAGUUUCUCUCACUUCCUCAUUUUUCUAAUCUUAAUCUUGCCACAUUUCCACAUCAGUUUGCAACUUUUUAAAAAGUUGUUGUGAAAAUUCACCAGCAUUUUCGUGUGUGAAUUUCAUGUGUGAAAAGUCUUACAUUUAUGUAUCUUAUAUAUACAUGGUUUUUGACUAGUAAAACCAAGGUGGGUUGUGAUUAGUUUACAAUUAAGCCCUAUGUAUGUCUGCUCAGAAGCAAGAGCCAUCAAGUUCAAUGGGACAGGUAAGUGUCUCUGAGGUGGCUGCCUUAAAAGAGUUAUCACUCUCCUCCAUUCAUUAACAGUUCUUAGAGUGGGGGGGGGAGAGAGAAUCUGCACAUAAAUAAAAGAUAUACCCUAUACUUUUACAAGUUCAGAUAUUAAAAUUCAACAUGCUAACAACAAUCUCAGUUCUCAAAGUGUUGCUUCUUAUAAAGCAAACAAUAAUACACAAACAAGAUGUUGCUAUCAGCAGGUUGAGGUGAUCCCCAAGGCUUGCUGAAGUACAAACAAAUCUUGGGGGGGGGGGGACCUAACAUGUUGGGAAGGUGGGAAUCUGGUGAGAAGAGGGAUGGAAUGGAGUAUUGUGGGGGAAGCAAACAAUACGGUCAACAGUACAAUGUGUGAACAGUGCACUCAGGCACUCAACACUGCAACAUUUCAUUGCAGGUCUCAGUUGUUAAAAUAAAAUGUUUAAAUCUGCAUGUGAUUUAUUCCUAGGUAGUCACACACAUGUUGCAACUCUAAUUUUUUUGUAAUGUGAUGUGCUCACUAUCAUAUUUAUGGCGCAAGAACAUGGAUUUCAAAGGCUACAGCUAUUCACACCUGAAACUGUUGUAAUCCUAUCGCUCUUUAUUCUCAACAAAGAAGGUGCUGGUUUAAGCAAGUAUGCAUGUGAUAGCAAACAUCCUGCUUAGCAAACACAGAUGUUUACUAAAGGUGUAACAGUUAGCUCUUCAAGCUAGGAACUUAGUAUGACAGCUUCUACUUGUUGAGUUCUGAGCUCCAACAUCUCCUUUUGGGGUUUCCAAUAUUGUUAUAGACUUGGGAGUAGGAAGAAUGGUGCUCCUGAGAUGAUGUUGGACUCCAACUCCUGUCAGUCCCAUCCAGCAUGAGCAAUGGCCAGGGAUCAUGGAAGCCGUAGUUCAACAACAUCUAGAGGCAUUGGUUACCUUGAUCUACAAGGUCAAAUCUAAUACAUGUGUGUUGGAAUAAUUCAAUUAGAGAUUGCUUUCAAUCUUUCACACAACUUAUUAACAUAUUUCCCCCCUUUUACUCUUUUUUUGUGACAGACGCCAGCCUACUUCAAGUCAUGUUUUGAAACUGUUUUUUGGAAAUGCAAGCUGUGGAUGAUUUUAACUUCCGCUUUUCUGGUGUUGAUUCUUGUGACUAUUCUAAGUUUGGUUUUCUAUUCAGGUAUGUACCCUUCUUCCAAUAUGAAAUGACAUCAAAGAUAUGUGGGGAGAGCUACUCCCCACCAUGGUCUCAAUCCAUCUCAAGUUACUUGUGACUAAUAGGGCAGUCCUUAUAUGAUGUCUACACUGAAGUAAGUCCUACUGAGUUCAAUGGGCCUUACUUCCAGGUUAGUGGGUAUAGGAUUGAAUCUGAAUUCCCAUUGGAAAGCAAUGGGACUUAAUGUAGUCAUCUAGAUUGGGACUUCUAUGGCAGCGUACACACCAUACCUUUUAAGGACACACAUACCCAAGAAUCCUGGUACUUAUAGUUUAUCCCCACAGAGCUACAAUUUCCAGAACCCUUCACAAACUACAGUUCUCAGGAUUAUUGGGGGGGUGCUUUAAAUGUAGAGUGUGUAUACCGACAGUGUUUCUAUGAUAGUUCUGUGUGAGGAGGGGGUACUCCUGUGGAUUAGAAAUGGCAAAGUAUUUAAAACCAGCAUUGCCCCUGCAGUUAGACAUUUAUCUGAAGACUUGGAUCAAGGCGCACCUCUGCCUUGAAUUUCUUAUUUGAUCUUGGGCAAUGUCUUUCACCUUUCUCCAUCUAUGAAAGAAAAAUUAGGAUUCCUCCUCACAAAGCUGUCUUGACAGGCAUAGGCAAACUCGGCCCUCCAGAUGUUUUGGGACUACAACUCCCAUCAUCCCUGACCACUGGUCCUGUUAGCUAGGGAUGAUGGGAGUUGCUGUCCCAAAACAUCUGGAGGGCUGAGUUUGCCUAUGCCUGUGUUUUGACUAUGAGGCAAAACUGACAAAACAUUCAAAAUUUAACAUGUUAUAGUUGGUUUAAAAAUGGCUUUCAGACUUAUUCAGUUUUCAACACAUUUUUAUUUCUUUGGGGGUUAUAGAUCAACACUAAGAGUGAAACAUGUUUAUUACACAUAAAGUGUGUGUGUUUGCAUAAAACGGAUGUGUUAAUUUAAAUUUCCCUCCUGAGCACUGUGAUCCAGUCUGAACUUUCACCACAGCCGCUUUAUUUAUACAGAGCACAUGAUGCUAUUCAUCCUAUGCACUGUGUCUAGUUAGGUCCCAAGAGAUAGCUGUGUCCGUAUGCUGUGAAAAAGAGGCACCACAAGAGUCUGGGUAUGCUAGCAUUACUUCUGCUUUGAAAUUGGCCCUGGGAGUAAAUGUAAACAUGUCAUCUGCAUGUGUAUUGAACAUUCACUGAACAUUCAACUAAAAAUGUAAAAGGGGGAGAGCGUGAAAGAGCCUAAAUGUGUACAGACUGUACAUAUACUUAGAAAACUUUUCAAAGACAAGGUCACUGGUUUUAUUUAUUUGCUUCACAUUUUUUCCAUGCCUCUUUUUCAAGAAUCUUGAUCAUGUGAAUUGAAUUUUCCAUGUGCAGUUUGUAUGCAGAUAGAGUCAUCUGUGCUUGAAUGCAGGUAUAUGACUGGGCAGAAAGCCACCAUUCUACUCUCUGCCCACCCACUGCUGUCCACAGGUACAUGGGAUAGAAUGGGCUGUAUUUGCAAGGUUCCUGCACUGAGCAAGAAGUUUGUCUAGAUGUCCUCCAACUCUAAUCUCCUAUGAUUUUGCAACAGCCCACAGCCCAAACCACUGAUCUUGGUUUAAUGAAAUUGAAAUAUAGACAUACAUUUCAUCUCAUUGAGAGGAAGGUGUUAUUGUUAUUGCUAUUGUUGUCAUUGUUAUUGUUGUUGUUAUUAUUUAGAAUCACUAUAUGAUGAAAAAUAUAUUGGCUAGCUUGUGAGAGUUACUACAAAUACUUUUUAUUAUUAUUCUAGCAGUUUACAUAGAUGAAGAUGACUACUGGGACCCUGAAUCAAUAGCAAAUGGCAGUCUUCAUAAUUUCACAGGGAUAUUAAAAAUUCACUGUACUAAUCCUGACCUGGAGCUCUCAGAAUCAGCAUUUAAGUUGAUUUUUGAAAAUCUUAGUAAAAGGGUAAGUUUUCCAGCUAAAGUCCCAUGGUGGUAUCCAAUGACAUCAUUACACAAACUGAACAGUUUCUGGCAGUGCAAUAGAAUUUCCUUUACAUCUCCUCCUCCUCCUCUGCCACUUCAUCCUGCAUUGAGCAGUAUAUUGGACUGGAUGACCUUCAAGGUCCUUCUAACUCAAAUGAUCACAUGAUCUCACACAUGAACGUAUUUUCUGUCCCAUUCUUAUAAGACACAAGAGCCUCAUCCUUAGGAGAUGGGCCAUAGGUCAAUAACAGAGCAUCUGUCAUGCAUGUGGAAAGUCCCAGGUUCAAUCCCAGGCAUCUCCAGAUAGGGAAGAGAAUGGCCCUCUGUCUGAAAGCCUGAUGAGUUACUGCCAGUCAAUAUAAGGAGGGAAAGAUGGGACAGUCAUCUCCUCCACCCCAUACAAUCUCCAGGUAGGAAAUUAUCAUGUGCAGUCAUUUCUUUGAAGUUUGUUUACACACACACACACACACACACACACACACACACACACACUGUGCAGCCACAAAGCUGCUCUAAACAAACCAAAAUAUUUAAAAGGUUGAAGAAAUAAGGAGGCAGCCUUAGGACCAAUCCCUAAGCACCUCCCUCCCUCUUUGUAAAAGUGGGUGGAUUUGUCCACCCAUCAACAAGCGAACAUGGAGCCAGUUCUGGGGGCAAUGAAAUCUGUUCAGAAUGGCUCUGUGGUGAGCCAUCCAUCCUUACUGUUGCUUGAGGUGGCAACAAUGAGCCAAACAAGGUCUCCAUUUUGAAUAGAAUAUUCCAAUGAGAUCAUUCUUAUGUCAUGAUGUGUUGUCCAGAAGCACCAGCUCUAUGGGGCCAAGGUGUUUUUGCCCCCCCCCAUAUCUGCUAGGAGCCCCUCAGUGUUGAGGGGAUGGAGGAGACCCAGUGCUGAAUUGAGCAUGGCACAGUUUCAGUGGCUGGCUCCUGAGUGCGAGAGAGGAGGAGCCACCAGCCAUUGAAGCUGUGUCAUGCUGGGGUCCACACUCAGCCUCCUCCCAAUGACGCUAGUUGCGCACAAGGGCGCCGUGCACUGGGGCCCCUCAAUCCUGGGUGCAAGUCAGCAUCUCUGGUGUUGUUGUUCCCAGGAUCAUUCUUGGGGGAAGAAGAUGACUCCUCUCAUUGCCCAAACAGGUCAGCUGCACCCCCCUUCCAGGAAUGUCCCUGGGAAUAAUAUGAUGCAGUGACAAUUGCACCAGGGCCUUCUAAGCUACACAAAGCCUGGUCCAACUGAUGGUGGUAUUUUUAUUGUGCAUCCCUCUUAAGACAACAUUUCCCCCCUUAGAAAGGCAGGAAGGAUCGCUACUUGGGAACUAGUUGGGAAACAAAAGUGAUAGGAUGGUGUACUUUUGCCUUCAAGGAAGGAAGGAAGGCAGGAUGCCAGCAAAAUGUCAGAAGGAGACUUACUAUUUAUCUAAAGUAAUUUGUAACUCUGUAGCGGACAUUUCUGAAAUGUUAUAACCCAUAAUGUCACGGAGUGUCAUGGAGAAUAGCUAAACAAUAUCAAUGCAAUGUGCAAUAUCAGGAAGCAGUGUGGUGCAGUGGUUAGUGUGUUGGUCUAAGACCUGGAAGAGACCUGAGUUCAUAGCCUUUGUUUGUUUGUUUGUUAAAUUUGCAUACCACCCUUCAUCCAAAGAUCACAGGACAGUUCACAUCAUAAAAAUACAAAAUGAAAACACAUGAAGCCCAAUGCUUGACCUUGGGCCAGUCACUGUCUCCCAACCUAACUUACUUUACAAGGUUGAUGUGGGGAAUAAACUAAGAGGAUGAGAACCAUGUACACCACACGGAGCUCCUUAGAGAGACAUGAAUGCAAUAAAUAAAUAGAUAAGUGAAUAACAUGUGUCCGUAAUUAAUGUCUUCUCUCUCAAGCUUACAGAUGUAUACAGUCAUUCACCUGCACUUGGACGGUAUUUCGUCAUGGCUGAAGUUGUUUCCUUCAGGUAGGAAAGGGGAGUCAGUUCCAAGGAUUCAAUUAUGUGAUUUAGAACACCUGAAACUGAAUGGGGGGAAAGUGUGUUGAGAAAAGUUUAACACAGUCCAUAUUUGAUUUCUUAAAAUGUUCAGUCCACUUUUUUUUUUUUAAUUGUUUCUUGGUGGCCCUGUUUUGGCUCUACUUCGUUCAGCACUCACCAACAUUGUAGGGUUACCAUUUCCCCCAAAGUGAAAAUCCGGACGGAGGCUUUUUGUUGUUGAGCUUUUUUGGGGAACACCCCCUCAUUUUUUUGUUAGCCCAACUUGCCAGUUCAGCAAAAAUCUGCCAGGACGCCAUUUUUCUCAGUGAUUCCUGUACGUGUCUGAGAAAACCUGGAUGUAUGACAGCCCUAACCUGUUGCUAUUAAAGUACAGUGGUACCUCGGGUUACAUAUGCUUCAGGUUACAUAUGCUUCAGGUUACAGACUCCGCUAACCCAGAAAUAGUACCUCAGGUUAAGAACUUUGCUUCAGGAUGAGAACAGAAAUCGUGCUCCGGUGGCACGGUGGCAGCAGGAGGCCCCUGGUGUUUGAACCUGGUGCUUCAGGUUAAGAACAGUUUCAGGUUAAGAAUGGACCUCCAGAACGAAUUAAGUACGGUACUUAACCCGAGGUACCACUGUAUUAAGGAUGGCCGAUGCAAUAUCAGUCUGCCCAGCAAGCUACAUUCAUUCCUCUCCACAAUGAUUAAGGGUGCAGGAGCCCUACAAUAUAGCUUUGGGGCUUUAAGAAGUUGUUGGUACACACUCCCAGUGAGAUUUUUUUUAAAAAAGCCACUCCAACAGGAAACAGCCUUGGCCCAGUAUACCUGAAGGAGUGUCUACACCCCCAUCAUUCAGCCCAGACACUGAGGUCCGGCGCUGAGGACCUUCUGGUGGUUCCUUCACUGUGAGAAGUGAGGUUACAGGGAACCAGGCAGAGGGCCUUUUCGGUGGUGGCACCGGCCCCGUGGAACACCUUCCCAUCAGAUGUCAAGGAAAUAAACAACUAUCUGACUUUUAAAAGACACCUGAAGGAACCCUGUUCAGUGAAGCUUUUAAUGUUUGAUGUUUUAUCACGUUUUUAAUAUUCUGUUGCGAGUUGCCCAGAGUGGCUGGGGACACCCAGCCAGAUGGGCAGGGUUUAAAUUAUUAUUAUUAUUAUUAUUAUUAUUAUUAUUAUUAUUAUUAUUAAUUCUUAUUCUUAUUCUUAUUCUUAUACUGCCAGCUUACAUUCCUUUGAUGCAGAGGAGAACACCCCAGUCUUUCUUUGUUUUUUGCUCCCAAAUGUGCAUUUAUCACAUUACCUCAUGAAGUGUAUCAAAAGUACGGGGAAGAAUAGCUGUAUAACCCAAUGACUUCUCAUCCCCACAAUGUUUCUUUCCUUCUUACAGUAAAGAAAACAACUCAGCAUCCUACCUUUUAUGGUUCGCAGUGCCACCUGAGACUGAAGAGUUUAUGAAGUCUAGAAUGAGUGAAGGGUUUGUGAUGAAUAUUUUAAGGCAAAAUAUUUAUGACAAGGAAGAAAUGGAUGGGCUGAAUAUACCUGAUUGCACAAACAUGACGCUUGAUCCAACUUCCCUUUCAGUAACGCGUAAGUACCUCAUGCAAUGAAGAACUGUACUCUUUAUUUUUAAAAGUGUGAAUUUUCUAGAAAGGGUAUUUAGUGAAUGAACCUCUCUGUAAUAUUUCACUCCCGUAGCAUAUACCCAGGGAAGUUAUCUGAUUAGCACAAUAACUUACACCUGCACAAUGGGACUCCCUUUCCUCAUGUGCCUCCUCCAACCCUAAUCUGUUCUGGGGUGUCUUCCAAGCUUCUGGAGAAAAUUUGAAGGUGGGGAUGCAGGGAAAGGAAGACCUGUUGUGUUGGCAUGCAUUCUUGUGCCAAUGGAACAACUUUGCUCUAUGCAACCUUAUAUGCAGAUUCUGUGAAUAUUCUGAUUCCCUUACUGUUGUAUAAUUCCCAGAGUAUAAAACAACAGUACAGUCACACCUUGGUUUUCGAAUAGCUUAGUUCUCGAACGUUUUGGCUCCUGAACACCGCAAACCACAAAGUGACUGUUCUGGUUUGCAAACUAUUUUUGGAAGCCGAAUGCCCAAUGGGGCUUCCACGGCUUACGAUUGGCUGCAGGAAGCUGCACUUUGGUUUCCGAACAUUUUGGAAGUCGAACGGACUUCCGGAAUGGAUUCCAUUUGACUUCCAAGGUACGACUGUAUUGUCAUUGGUUUUACAUAGUGGAGUUAAUAACCACUUGCUUAACCUGCUCAAACAAGUGCAGCCCCUAAGAUUCUUUUGAGGGAAGGCAUGGCUGUUUAAGUGGUAUAAUAGUGCUUUAAAUGUACAGUGUGGAUGUGGCCUUUAUGUCUGAUCAAAUAUUGCAUAGAUAAUAACUUUAUGAUCCAGAAAUAGGCUGUGUGUGUAUGUGUUGUGUUGUCUGUGUGUGUGUGUGUGUUUGUAUGUAUGGCACAUAUAUAACAGUUGAUUAUAUGUUUGUAUUUUGUGGAUGGGUGUAAAUUAGAGAAGAUAAAUUAGGGGAGAUGUGCCAAUCAGUUAUUAGUUUUAGCAAUGGUUUUCUUUCUUCUUCUCAAAAGUAAUAAUAUUAUUGUUUCUAAAGAAAUACAGACUGGCGAAUAGUACAAGGAAGCGUGAAUAGUAAGCAGUGGAGCUCCAAAAUGUCAUCAGAGGAAGCGUCAUAUAUAGAAACAAGGACAUCUUGUUCAAUGAACUAUGGAUCAUUUCCAGCAUGUCCUCAGUACUUUUACUAAAAUCAAGAACUUCAGGAGAAUAUGACUGCAUCAGUCAAGUGGAUAAGAUGGUGGCCCCUGGCAAUGUUACAGAUGCCUGCUUAGAAGAACAUAUGAGUUUGUUGGACUAUCUGACCACAACCAAAUCUGGUUGUUUGAAGCUUGAUGAAAGGAGAGUUCCAGAACAUAGACACAUAAGGCUUCAUUCAAGCUUGAGCUGCUCCUUAAUAUCAUGAACCCAAAGUUAGUAAGGGAUCAUUCUGAAAGCCAUUUUGGUUUAUCAGAUAUGAAAGUCUUUCCAAGUUUCUCAGCAGACUGCUGAACUGUGCGUAUUAAGAUGUCCAGACUCAUGUUUUAUGGUGGGUGUGUUAUGACACUAUAAGAGUGUUUUAGUGGUGGAUAUAUUCUGAUUUGUUAGUUGCUCUGUUAUUCUUGCAUCCACAUUACUGCUGCCUGGAGGGGUCUAUAAUGUGACAAAAUCUGGACAAAAACCCCCAAACAUUUGUGUGGUAUGAAAAGUUACAGGAUAAACUCUGGUUGGCAAUGAAGUAGUAUGACCACCCCAAAACAUGUGCAGGCAUAAAUAGUAUGGUAAGCAGGAUCAUGUGUGAUCCAAUAGCAUCAGAGGCAUAAAUCAUCAUGAAUGUGCAAUGAAAGGGACAUCUAGAGGGACACAAAUAGAAACAAAAGCUCAGUUGUUGUAUAAUAAAAUGAUUGUGCUAAAAUGCCUUAAAUGUUAAGCAACAAAGUUCUAUUUUUUUAAUUAACCAAUUUUUUUUAUGUCGGUUGCUUCAUUUUCCUCUUAUGGUGGAUGAAAUGUGCCAUCAGUACAGUAUGCUUGUUUCAAAACCCUGGAGUGAGAAUCUGUGUGUUUAGUGAAUGGACAAAGCAAACCAUAUUGGCCCUACAAGGAUAGUUUUGUUUUCUGAAAUCUGAAUUCUCCUCCGUUGCAUCUAAUGGCAAGAAGUUGCAAACCCUGGGAGCUGACGCUGAGAAGGUCCACUCAAAUUCCCACCAAACAUGCUUGAGAAGUUGAAAUGUAUAAAAUCUUUAAGAUAUUAAGAUGCAAGGAAACUCAUAUCAGGGAAUAGUUAGUCAGAUAUCUUAAUUUUGAUAGAUCAUAAUCAGCACUUUGAAUUGUGCCUGUAAACAGGUUGGUGGUCACUGAAGCUGCUACAACAUGACAUGAGAGGUAUAUGCUUCCUAUCACUGGCCUUGGUCAAUAGUCUGAGUGUAAUAUUCUGAUACAGCUGGAGUUCCUGAACACUCUUGAAUGGCAAGCCCAGAGAUGUAACUAAGGCAGGUCUCACUGAAUCCAGAUCUGACAUUUUGAGGAACAGAAGCAGUGGCAGAUACCUGUAUAAAAUCACUCCAGGCACUGGAGGAGGAACAGGGGUGGGGGGAGUGCACCAUCCCUGGCACCAUCGGGGAGGGGGUUACCAUCGCGGCCGCCCUCCAGACAUGCACCAUGCACCCCCACUGCACUGGGUACCACACCCCCACAGGUGACGUACCAUGCCCCCAGGACGCACGCCACGCUCCUCACGGGCGACGUGCUAUGCCACCGUGCCAUGCGCCCCUCCCCACAGGGUGGUGUGCCACACCCCCAGGAUGCGCAUCACACCCCCGGGAUAUGCACCAGCCAUUCCCUUGCCUGCUCUCCGCCCCCGGUGCCGGAGCAUACAGCUUUGCCACUGACUCCAGGCAACUUCUGAUACCUGGGUAGCCAGUUUCAGGGCUGAAUCCAGGAGUGCGCCCAAACUACAAACCUGAGUCUUCAGAGGAAGUGCAACCCUAUUCAAGAUAGGCUGAGCCCCUCUUCUCUGAUCUGCCUUAUUACUGACCAGAAGCACCUCUAACUCUCCUAGAUAAAGCUUCAGUUUGUUCAUUCACAUCCAUAAGAUCAGACACUGAGGACUUCACAUGACACUAAAUACAUGUUUGUAUUUACUGUGCUGGCUUUUUCAAAAUGCAAAUUAUAUCAGUGGUGUUGAUAAUUAAUGGUAUCAGAGCUUUCAUGUGGGGAAGGAUUUAACUCUUUCCUCCUGAGGAAAACCCCUCUUCUGGUGUCAGUAAUGCUUUGGUAGGAAAAGCCCCAUUAGCUCCAAUGGGGGAUUUCCUACCAAUACAGAUGUUUGCUUCAGUGGAGGGUUUUUCCUCAGAACUGCAACAGGUGGCUAAGGAGUUAAAUCACUCUUCUCUACCUGCUUUAUGGCGAUAAUUAUGCUAUUUGCAUUUUUUUAAAAGAAACCCCUACAUUUUCAAUGCAAAGCCAUAUUUAAUGUCAUGCAUAGCUGGAGUUUGAUUCAGAACUUGAACAGCUCCCUUGGAUUUAGAUGGAAAGAGAAGGAGAUGGUCCUGGGUUGUAUCCAACAUAGUGUGUUUGGUGUUCUACUCAUGGAACAGGGCUUACCCUUCCUCUCCUUUCCUGCCUCCCCCCAAUCUGCUCCCUCUGGGGCAGAUUAUGAGGGUGUACAAGGAACUGUAGGGAUAGAGAGCAGAAUGAACCUUCAUUGCGCAAGUGGGAUGGCUGUGUUGGAGCCAACCCAAUGAACUUCAAACCUCCAAUGACCUCACCCAGAAAUUUCAUGUAUGUGUUAAAUAUCAUGAGGGACAAGAUGGAUCAUAGGCAACAGGAGUUUCCCCAGUAUUCCUUUCUGAAACUACCCUUCUGAGAAUGACUAGAGCCACCUUAACAGGGAUAUGUUCAUAAUUAACAAAUCACAGUAUUAAAGAAAACCAACAAGGAAUUCUUAUGAAGGGAUCCCAGGAGAGGAAUCAGUAGGUGUUAGUUUCUUUAUUCAAUAGAUUUGUAGCUCAUUGUUCAAUGUGAAUAAUUUCCAGGGUGGUUUACAGUGACAGCUCAAGGCCCAUCACAAUCAUCAGUCACCACACUGUGACAUUUAAAGAGAGAAAACACCUUUUUUUUAUUUCUUCAAAGUUUAUUUCAGAUGAGGAAGUACCCCAAAUUAGGAGAAGCCCAGGAGACAGACCCUCAUGGGCAAGCAAACUCAUAGAUAGGUUUCCAUGAUUCUGUGGAACUUCCUCCCAGUUAAGAUUAAGCACGGGCCCUCACCAUUCAACUUCAGGAGCCUGACAAAUACCUUUCUUUUUCAGCAGGCAUUUUUCAGGGAGCUUUCUGCUUUUAUGAUUACUUUUGAUUGCUUUCAUCCAAUGUAUAAAUUUUAAUAAUUUUGGUGUACACUACUAGAUACUUAGGUAAUUAAGCAGCAGAUAAAUAUGUCAAAUAAAAUAAAACUUGGCUACUUCUCUCCCAUGCAUUAAAACUCUGCUGUGUCCACUGAAGCCAACCAAAUCCCAGAAUGACCUAAAUCAGCCCAAUUCCAUUUGGGAUCUGGGAUGUGAUCAGAUCCAGCCUUUGACUGACAGACCGUGGCAGUGGACAUCAGCCACGCUGACCAAAGCUUUCUUUUCUUUCCACUCAUCACCUUGAGCUUUAUUGCUGCUGCUGCUGCUGCUGCUGUUAUUGUUGAUGACCUACAUUCACCAUAACAAUAUAUAACAAUAUAAAAAUGCAACAAGAAAACCAGGUAAAACAAUUUACAAUCAAAAGAGCAGGAAAAAUCCUAACCCAAUAUAUAUACCAUAUUUUUCGCCCCAUAGGGCGCACCUAGUUUUUUUUUUGGGGGGGGAAAUAAAGGGGGAAAAUUUUUCCUUUAUUCCCCCCCCAAAACCAGGUCGGGGAAUCCAAACCAGGUCGGGGAGCAGGGGGAUGGCGGUGCUCCGUCACCCCACUGUCCCCCGAGCUUGUGGGGCUGCCCGAUAGCUGCAUGAAGCCCGAGGCGUGCUAUGCAGCGCGCCCCAGGCUUCGGGAUGCAG